AUGCCUUAUAUUUUUCAACAACCAAAGGAGGAGAAUCGAGAAUCCACCACUGCUCAAACUCUCAAUUCUUUUCCCCAGGACAUCACUCUGCAUCAAAACGACUGGUCGCCAGUGAAAAGCAACCGGUCGCCCCCCUUCGUUCUUCAAAUACAGAGAACCUUCUUCACAACGACCGGUCGCCAAAGGAAAACGAUAGGUUAUCUCCACGCUGUCAAAAUCAGGAGGAGGAAACUAAACUGUUUUAUGAGAUUUUGCCCGCUUCAGCUCCAGUAUCACACCAAUCACCUGCUGAGGAAGUCAUUCAGGAAUGCAGUUGAUCGGAUCUUAAGAUAUUUAAAGUCAGCCCCUGGGAAAGGAUUAAUGUUCUCAAAAAAUGAAGAUCUUGAAGUUGUUGGAUAUACAGAUGCUGAUUGGGCUGGUUCCAUUACAGAUAGACGCUCUACUUCUGGUUACUUUACAUUCGUGGGAGGUAACCUAGUCACCUGGUAG